AUCGCAUGGAAAUAAGCCACUUUCCUUACUCGAUAUCUCAGGUGCCCACAAGUUCGAAACUGCUCCAAAUUGGUCACGGAUGCUCUCAAAGAGGGCGUCAGUCUACAUAUAUAUAGUAGUAGCUGCUCUUUCUGUGACAGUUGAGAGUUGUAGGUCUGAUUACAAAAUACUUUGCAGCACAACCUCAUGACUUGGUCAGCAACUGACAACGGCUUGGGAAACAGGUGUCGUUAGUGAAAAUAAAAGUUGAAGUCAUCAUGAAGCUGGCCGCCCAUCUUUGCAGGCCUAAGUCUUUGUCAUUUGGCAGCAGUAACUAAACGCUAUCGACAGAUGGUUGAACUUAUGGUAUUCUGCAGGGGCCUUCAAUCGAUGGCUGCCACUGUUCCUAAGAAAGUGACUGACGCCGUCGCUGCGCUACACGAUGUUGUAUCGUCAAUCGAGGGGCAUCUCUUGGAGCUCUGGGACUUCAGAAAGGAACUUGAUGGAGAGCUACAACCCCUUGAGAGUGCACGACUGAACCUCGCACUUUCAGAAUCUGCCACCAUCCUUUUCUGCAUGUACCUGAAAACGAGAGGUGUGGGGGACAAUGCGAAUCCCGUCAAGAAAGAACUAGAACGCUUGCAGCUUUACAAAACAAAAGUGAGUAAAGUGGCCGACAAGCAGAAGGGGCCCAAAGCACCUACCGUGAGCCUGAACGUGAGCGCAGCCAAUCGUUUCAUAGACCACGCCAUCCCUGACCUAUCCACAGAGCAACGACAGCGUCUCCAGCGCAAGGCAGCAGACUGGAAGAGUAAAGGCGAGCAGCAAGGACCUUCGAAACGACAACGCCCAUCGGCGGCUGAGUCUGCGAAACUGUUUCUUGAGAAAGCGAAAGCGGAGUUGGAAGGCAAGGUACUCGAAAGCAGGCGAAUAGCAUAGAGAGGAGGAUGUUAAUCACCAGGUUGUGUUAUUGUUUAAGGUACCAUUCUAUAAGGCGCUCGCGGGAGCGGCCAAGCAGCCCGACUCAGACAGGUACAGUGGAUGUUGGUGGUAUUGACCUGCGCACGGCAGCUACUGCACCGCACAUGGCUGAUUCGAAUUACAGUGUAUUCUUGCUGAAGAAUUUCCUCAAGCUAUACAAGAUGAAAGUGAAGAGUUUCUGGCGUUAUUCUGGCACGUUCUACAUUGCACCCG